CGCAGGUCGCAGGAAUCGGAAUGUUAAGAGUGCUGCUAGUAAUGGCAUAUUGGCAUAUUAGCAUGUCCAGUCGACCAGUCCAUUUCCAGCAGCUGUUAGUUAGCACUCGCCAUAAUUAAGAUGGAUGCGUGCCACUGUCACUCGCCAUCUCACCCAGAUCACACGACCAAAUUGAUCCAUCGCUAACGUUGUAAAGCUAAGCUGCCUCUUAUGUGAUCUGAUCAAUAAUACGCCAGUUAAUUGACAGUAAAUCAGUAAUACAGCAAGAACGUACAUUUUUAGUUUUUUUUUCUUACCUAGUUUGAUGGCAAAGAUUAUUUGCUACGAAUUGAUAUUUAUAAUAAGGUGAAAAUAAUCCUGUGGUGAAACGAAGCAAUGGAGGAGGUGGUGGUGCGCCGCCGGGCAUGGGAUUGCGGGAGCCCACUGUACGACUCGUUCGAGCUCGCGUCGGUGUACGGCCUCCUCGACAGCAAUCUCAUGGCGCUGCCGUUCGCCGAGCGGUCCGCGGAGCUGGACGCGGCGGCGGAUCGCGCUCCGGCGAGGAGGACGGCGGCGAAGGAGCAGAGGCGGAGGAAGAAGGCGGCGGCGGCGGCGAGGAGGACGGGCAAGGCGGUGCUCCGUUCCAUCUUCAGGUCCGUCACCUGCAGCAGGAAGCUGUAAAGCUGUAACACUGAGAAUUCAGAAUUCAGAAUUGCAUCGAACGAGAUGGUUGAGAAAAUUAACGAUAUGAUAUGGAUUGAUAUGAAUUGAUUCAUCGGUUUGCAGUGCAGAUCUCGCUGUUUUUGUUUCAUUUCGGCAGAUUUUAUGAUUCGAGUUGGGUUUUCGUUUCCAUCGGUUUCUUGUCCUUCUCGGGAAUCUCCCUAUUUUCCUGCAGACGAUUAUUCGAUCUCAGAAAAAAGAGAGACUUUUGCAGGUAAAGAUCCGUUUUGCAAUAAGUGUAAAGGGUACAGUUUUAACAAUUGUCUGAACUCUGAAGUGACACAACUAAAUACUGUACAACCAUACCGAAAUAGUGCAUUGGCGUUGCACUGAAAAUUGAAAAAUGCCAAAAUGGGCUGAAUAUAUGGAUGGUACUCCUAGCAGAAGUCAAUCAGAGUGCAAAGUACUACUGAGUACUAUUAUACAUCUGGAAUUUUGAUAUUAAGAAAACUAUUUAUUUUUCCUAAAAUGAAAUAGUAGUUCUGAACUUCCGAUCAGGGUUCACCUUUCCGAUUAAGCGCUGGAUCCCGAUCCCUGGCAGUAUGACAGUUUUCACCAAAUUUCGACAAAUUUUGGUCAAUCUUACUGUUUCAAAUUUGAAUUCCCGAAAACCAUCCAAACUUCCACUCGGACUCUGCUUUCUUCCCACGUUGAAACCUCAAAAUUUUGUGAUUUUCAAUCAGUUCUAAAAUGUCAGGCAGAAGCUAGCUCAACACAGGAUCUUUGAGAAAGGCUCAACACAGGAGCAAUUUGUCUUAUGGGUGAACAAAAAUGGAACACUCGAUUAGUAUUUCAUUGCUGUUCUUGUCCAAACAUUCCAAUUGUGGAUGUACUGGACAGAUUGUGUGGGUUUUUAUUCAGAAGUGGAGGUGGAGCCCAGCUCAACUAACCACUGUUUGAUGCACAUGCGAACAGAGAAAAAUUGGUGCAGAUGCCUUAGUCAGUACUAAUCUCCACGGACCACAACUGAAAGGUUUCUUUCAGAAAAUCAAGUGAACAAGCUCUACAAGAUUUGUACUGGUUAGAUAGGAAUACAAAAUAUAGUGGCAUGCUGAAAUCCUUCCCUUCUGUUGCGUGUCUCAUAGUUUCUCUAUCCUCUUGCAAUCAAUCCUCUGCUCUGCACCACAU